ACUGUUUAUUACUUUUUAUACGGCAUGUGUUUUCCCACUGUUUAUUACUUAUUAUACGGCAUGUGUUUUCCCACUGUUUAUUACUUAUUAUACGGCAUGUGUUUUCCCAUUGUUUAUUACUUACUAUACGGCAUGUGUUUUCCCAUUGUUUGAAGUCUUUUCGUUGCUUCAUUUGUUUUAAACUCUACACUGGAUAGUACAACGUAUUGAGGCUGACAUUGUUUGUUUUUAGAAUUUUGCUGUUAAAAAGUGGUUGGAUGGCGGUACUCCAAAAGAAAAACUUAUAAUGGGUAUGGCAACAUAUGGAAGGUCUUUUGUAUUGAAUAAUACAUCUGAGACAGGAUUGGGUGCUCCUACUGCUGGCCAGGGUACUGCAGGUUUAACCACAAAAGAAAAGGGAUUCUUAUCAUAUUAUGAGAUCUGCUAUGACAUAAUGUAUCAGAAUUGGACAGAAGUUUGGCUCGAUGAACAGAAAGUACCGUAUGCCUACCAUGAUAACCAGUGGAUCUCCUUUGAAACUCCGAAAAGUAUUGCCAUUAAAACAAAAUAUAUUAUGGACCUAGGUUUAGGAGGAGGUAUGAUGUGGGCAUUAGAUCUAGAUGAUUUCCAUGGCGUUUGUGGGCAAGGCAAGAACCCUUUAAUUAAAACAAUGAAAGAUGUUUUCAGUGGAAAACCAGGACUCGAUUUUGUACCUACUGUACUACCAGUUAUUGGAUAA